AUGGAUAAUUCUUUAUCUGAUUAUGAUUAUCUGCAUAAAGGUGUCGCUUCUUUUACAGCCCCUUCGGUAGAAAUUCUUCGAGUAAAAGAGCUAUUACCAAAUUUGAAUGAAAAUGCAUGGAAAUCUCAAAGUAAAUGCAAUCACUGUAAAACACAUAUACGAAGAAAUGCCGCAUUAAUUGAAAAACUUCACGUUUGGUAAGCUUUAUUUAGUCGAUUUUGCUUUAAUGCCUUUUGCUCUGCGUGCUCCUGCUUAAUAGCACUUCAUCCUGAAACUCAUGAUUUGCAACGAAUUUGUGUGAAAUGCUACUGAUAUUUUCUACGGAAAAAUAUGGCUAGGAUUAAUAAAGACGUCCCUAAUUGUUAACCUUAUCCUAUUUAUUAUAUGAAAUAUAAUAAUGACUACCAAUAGGUAUGCUAUUAUUCAUUAUAAUUAGGUAUAUCAAAUCACAAUAUAAAAACGAGAUCGAAGGAAUAAUUAACGAAGAAAGCCAGAAAAGAAAGGAAAUUACCCAAGAAAAAGAAAAAAUAAUUGAGGAAAUUAAAAACUGUAAAGAAAAUAUUGAACAAUUAAAAAGGGAAUAUAAAAAUUUGCAUUCAAAGAUUUUUGCUGAGAAGGCUAAUACGAGAAAUAAUGGGAAUGCUAGUAAGGUGUCUGAUAGAGUUGUGAUAAAUGAAUUAUUGAAGAAAUUAAAGGAGCAAGAACUUGACAUAGUAAAUGUAAAAAAUGAAGUUGAAUUAAUGAAGACAAGGAAAAACAACACAAUAAAUAUGAAUCCUACUUGUCUAGAGUGUUCAAUUUUUUAA